AUGCCUGUUAUGGAGACAGAAAAUACUCCGGUAGAGGCUUCAUUGAGCGAAGUCCCGGACCGUUUGCCUUUCCCGCCAGUGACGUACUCUCACAUUCUCCAUUGCUCCUACCAUGACUGGCACCCUCGUUAUCGGCCACUUAUCCCAAAGUCUCGUCUGAUUCCCCUCACCCCAGAAUUUGUGAACUACCUCCGUGCCGACGGCAUCGUUCUUCCACCCGAAGCCCGCCCUCCGAGAGAAGAUGACGAGCUCGAUGCAUACGAAGAUUCCGAAGAGGGAGAGGCGGAUCCAUCCGCGGAGUGGCAGGAGAUUCAUACUCAAAUCAAGAACACUAUUGCAGAAUUGGGUGGCAAGGUCACGCCGAAGCUGAACUGGAGUGCACCCAAAGACGCAACUUUCAUGUCCCCAACAAACGAUACCGAAUGCCGCUCGCCGAACGAUAUAUAUCUUCUCCUAAAGAGUAGCGACUUCAUCACGCAUGAUCUGGAGCACCCCUUCGACAACUGCGAACCGGACCACAUCAACGGCAACGCCACGGAAGACGUCCUGCCAGACGUGCCUUACCACCUGGUGCUCCGGCAAUACGUCAACUUCAACCCGUCCCUCGAGUUCCGAUGCUUCGUUCGGAAUCGCAAGCUGCUUUGCAUAUGCCAACGUGACCAGAAUCAUUUUGACUUCCUCUUUGGCAUGCGCGACAUGCUCCGAUCCCGGAUCCAGUCGUUCUUCGAUGAGAAGCUGCGCGAUACCUUCCCCGAUCCCGACUUUACCUUCGAUGUGUACAUUCCAGCUCCGCAUCAGCGUGUCUGGCUUAUUGAUAUCAACCCUUGGGCACAGCGGACCGAUCCGCUUCUCUUUAGCUGGUUGGAGAUCCUGCGGAUGAAGGACCCCAUCGGUUUCGAAGAGGAGGCAGAUAAUGGGGUCGAGGAAGGGUUCGUGCGCAUCUCCCUUCGGGAUGGUACUGUUAUCACCCCCUCUGAAGAGGAGGCUGAGGGAGACUCUGCCUCAGAGGAAGAGGAGGAAGUCGAUAAUGUCACUGCUGGUGGUGAUGACCGGUUUGCGCCCUUUUUGCCGGAGUUCCGCCUUAUUAAGAAGGAUGACCCGGAGUCAUAUUCGUUCAACACACCGCAGUUCUCGGCUCAUAAAGUGCCAAAGGAACUUGUGGAUGCUUCGCUGGCCGGACCUGGUGGUAUGAGCGAGUUCUUGGGCAAGUGGCAGGAGAUUCUGAAGCAACAGGAGCGCGAGGACCGGGAUGCUGGCAAUGAGUCCAACUAG